AUGGACGCAAUGCAAUCUGCCGUCCGGGCCAUAGCCGCUCGCACCGACCUGGCUGCGAACGUGCAUGGUCUGACGCUGGUGUCUCAACGCACCGGCUAUGGCUUGCUGAUCGGCCUCGGCGUACUGUUUUGUAUCGUCAUUUUGCUGGCCGUCAAGGUGCAGCGCGCCUAUCUCUCCGAAGACAACGACACGUCCGAAAUGUUCCUAGUGGCCAACCGGUCCGUUGGCACGGGCCUAACGGCGUCGGCCGUGUUCUCGUCAUGGAUGUGGAUCAACGAGACGGUGCUCUGUGCGGCCAUGUGCUACCGUUAUGGUCUUGCCCUUCCGUACUGGUGGGCUUGUGGCCUCUGUUUCCAGAUUGCACUUAUGGCUGCCCUCGGUGUGCUGGCCAAGAUACGGGUGCCCUACGCCCACACAUCGUUGGAAAUUAUACGAAUGCGUUACGGCAAGACCGGCCACUUGGUGUUCAUGGUCAUGAACUUGGUCAACAACGUGUUUGGCUGUGCGUCGAUGAUCCUUACGGGAUCGCAGCUCAUCUUCGGCAUAUCAGGCAUGAACUUUGCGGCAGCCACGGUGUUGAUCCCGCUAGGCGUCGUGUUGUACACGGCAGUAGGCGGUCUCAAAGCAACAUUCCUGACAGACUUCCUACAUACGGCCGUGGCGUUGAUUCUAAUCAUCUACUUCACCCUCAAAGUUUUGACACAUGAUGCUGUCGGUGGUCUCCAUGGUCUUUAUGAUAAGGUGCAAGCUGUUGCCGCCGACAAUUACAUUCCGACCAACUACGAAGGGUCGUUGUUGACAAUGAAGUCGCAGGACGCCAUUAUCUGGGGUCUCAUUCUCAAGUUUGGCAAUCUUGCACUUGUCAUUAUGGAUACAGCCUUUUGGCAAAAGUCUUUUGCUACCGAAGUCAAAGCUACCGUGCCCGGCUACAACCUGGCCGCCAUCGCUAUUUUCGGAAUUCCAUGGGGACUGGGCACCGUCAUUGGCCUAGCGGCGCGCGUCAUUCAGAGCACGCCCAUCUUCCCGACCUACCCAGACGCAUUGACUCUGGCGGAAGUUAACGCUGGUUUCGUCAUGCCCUACACGGUGAAGGCUCUCAUUGGGCCUUCUGGCAUCGUGGCUUUUUUCGUUCUGCUCUUCAUGGCCCUCACCAGUACCGUUUCCAGUUCCAUGAUUGCGGUGUCGAGUAUCUUGUCAUUUGAUUUGUACAAGACGUACAUCAAUCCCCAUGCCUCUGACCGCCGGCUUGUGCGUGUUAGUCAUCUAGCUGUCGUCUUCCAUACCUGUUUUAUUACGGGCAUUGCCAUCGCUCUCAACUAUGGUGGCGCUGACAUGACCUGGCUCAACUAUUUCCGGCCUGUCAUUGCCUGUCCCGGCAUUAUUCCCCUGGCUCUGACCUUAGGCUGGAAACGGCAAACAAAGACGGCUGCCGUCGUCGCUCCCAUUCUAGGAUUUCUCACUGGUCUCGGUAUCUGGCUUGGUACUGCCUAUAGUUAUUAUGGUGCGAUCAACAUGGUGACGACUGAGGGCAAUUUACCUGCGCUCUUUGGCGCUUGCGGUUCUUUCUUCUCGCCUUUACUAUACUCUGUGGUAUUGUCUCUUUGGUGGAAGCCGAGUGUUUUUGACUGGCGCGAGUUUCUGCGUAUUGAGAUCAAAGAGCAUGACGAGCUGGCAGCUGGCAGUGGAGAUGAGAGCAGCGGCAAGACAGGCGAGAGCACCAAAGGCGGCGAGAACAUUGAUUCCAGCGGUUGUGCAACACCUGUUGUGAUCCCUGGCUCUGUCGAUGAAAAGGACACUGUACCAACGAACAUUGCCCCGGCCCGGGAGACUGUGCAACAGAUCCCCAAAUCCUCAAUCCCACUGGAUGAUAUUCAGCACCCCUUUGGCCCAGAAGUUCUAGCCGAACUUUACCGCUGGCUCCGCCUUGCCUGGAUAUUCUUUGUCUUUGUGGUGCUUGUGACUUUCAUUCUCUGGCCUAUGCCUCUCUACAGAGAUUAUGUUUUUUCAAAGACAUUCUUUACAUCGUGGACUACAGUGGCUAUAAUGUGGCAGUUUUUUGCAUUUUUCGCCGUUGUCGUCUUCCCUAUCUACGAUGGUCAGCACGCUAUUGCCACGGGUUCAAAAGGGGUCUACCACGCCGUGACAAACUUCUUUGCGGGUAAGAAAGAGUAG